AUGGAAGUAGGGAUUGGUUUGAGCACGAAAGAAUCGAUGGCGAGGCUAUGUGACAUCAUAAAAUGUGAACUGGAAAGGGAAGAGAAAAGACUGAAUGCUGGGUCGUCUGGAUUCAGAUUUUUAUCUCAUAACGCGGUGACUGGGAACUUUUGUUUUGUUUAUGCGAUAACGUCAGUCGUUUGUUGUUUUAUGUUAUUAAUCGGCACUUUCUUCAGGUCCAGUAUUAUAUUUUUCUUUAUUCGUAGAAUAAAAUAUUAUUUUUUCCUUUGUCUCCACAUUUCAAAUUUAUUCAUAAGAGAAGACAACAUUUUCAAAAAUUGGUAUAAAUCAUUCAGGAAUUGUUCAUUCUUCGAUCGUUUCGCAUCAGUUCUCUUCUCAAUUACAACAGUAGCUAUUAUCACUCUCUCAUCAAAGGCAUACAAUAUUCACAGACUAGCAGUUGUUGCCAGAGCCUCCAAUAUUUUGAAUACUUUAAAGUCACUGGAAGAAGAAAACUUCAGUUAUGAGCACCCAUGUGUACAGCGUUCCAGUGCUAUCAGUUUACAAUGGACGUACAGAGAUCAAAAGUUGGUAAAUGUUCCAUUAAUGUUGUUGGUAGAUGGUGAUAUGAUAGUACUUCGUGCUGGACAAGAACCUCCCUGUCGUUGUAUUUCAAAAGAGGGCAGUUUUUUAAACUUGGGUGAUAGAUCGAAAUUUCAGGAAAAGUUAUCACCUGAAACUUGUGGGGUAAUUCCAUCAAAGCCUACACUAUGGAAAGUUGUUGAGCCACCAAUUGUUAGAUUUAUACGCAAAGCCUUCAAUGAUCAUCAUAAGAAGCAUUCAAAUUUAUUAAAUUCAGAAGUGGACAUAGCAAUUCACUUUAUUCUUGAACGAUUUAUUUUACCAUCCACAUUCCUAAUUACAUCUGCACUAUGUUGCUUCCGGUAUUUUUUUUUCACGAAAGAAAGCAUAUUCGAUUUAUUAGUGGAUUCAUCAUUGAUCCUUAUUCCUCUCUUAGUACCUACAGUUCCAGCUUUCUAUCUGAUUGGGCAUCGAUUACAGCUUCUAGAUAUCUUAAAUGGUUUUAGGAAUUUGGGCUUUGUCGUUGGUAAGGAGCGUGAGCUACGCUACCCAGAAUCAACUUUUACUACUAAUAAUGCAGCUCGUAUUUUUGUCAGCAAAGGCAGGAAAGGAAGCAUUAUUAGUGGUCUAAAAACUAUUUACCAAUACUUUGCUGGUCAUUUCCACAUUUCACCGGAUUUUGUUUUUACGUGUGGUGGACUUACAUCUUGUACUUUCUUAGACAAAAAUGGCUUACUUUCAUGGCCGAAUGCAAGCAUUGAAAAAUUGCUCUGUUUCCACUCUGACAAUCUUUCUGGACAAGGUAGAUUUAAUGUGUACUGUUUCUUUCCUAUUAUUAGCUCUGUGAUUUUUCGAGAAACAAAAAGGGUAGUCCCGAAGGUUUUGGAUUUAACCAUGGAUGGAACUGGAUCAUUUUCUGUACAUUUUGAUGAUCCCUCAUGGGAGCGCUAUAAAGGAUCUUUGUUACCAUUCGGUAUUAGCAGCAUUGUAAAUGGUUGCUCUUUAGCGGCAGAUUAUUCAUCUUUCCUGAAUCACAUCAAUAAUAUUUCGAAAACUAUAGCAGGCACUAUUGCAGUUGCCAAUCGGCGUUGUUUCUGCACGUUAGCUCGGUUAUUAGGGAUAACAAGCACAACUCUGAAACAGUUUGAUAUCUCAGAUACAAAAACCAUAGGUUUUUACAAACGAUUGUCUGGUGAAGGAUGUGAAAAGGAGCAGCGAAAGUUUCAAAGGCCAUUAGAAAAUGCUUUCAUGACUGUUACGAAAGAUGCAUUGUCAAAUUAUUAUCAUGUCAUGAGUCAAGGAACAGCAAAUUUGUUACUCAGUGCUUGUUCGUAUGUAUGGUGUGAAAAUUCAGUAGAACCAUACACAGCAAGUCUUCAUAAGCGAGUUCUUGAUUUUUACCAACACAACGCAAUGACUGGAUAUUGCUUGGUUCUGGGAUAUGGAACUUUAGGGCGUACUCUUUCGGACACAUUAUGCAAGGAAUAUAUUGACAUUCCUUUAACAAUGAAAAGUCAUGGCGUUAGCAAAAAAGCCCCGACAUCAAUUCCAAGGACAUUUAGUCUUGAUAUGGAGCUACUGGAUGCAUUUUAUCAGCAGUUACCUUUGGACACAGCUUAUGAAUGUUUGGAGGAAAUGUUACGUGGGCAAACUUUAUGUGGAUUAGUAGUUCUACAAAGUCAGGUUCGGAACGAUGUUGUUGAAUUAGUAGAACAGUUAGAUCAGAUAUGUGUGCGAUUCAUUUAUUUCUCGAAAGAAAACGAACUACGUAGUAGAAUUUUUGCAGAAAAACUGGGCUUGGAAGCAGGGUGGAAUUGUCAUAUAUCAUUAGCUAGCGAAGAUACGCAAAGUUGUCGCUCAGUUUAUUCAUAUUGUGAAGAAGUGACUCCGAAAAUCCUCCCAAAUAUAGCAAAGUUACCAUCAGGAAUUAAGAAUAUACGCCCUCAUUUGGAAAAUGUUGAUAACGUUCCUCUGUUGGUUAAUCUUUUCACAGACUGCAGUCAUGUUUCGUGUCGAGAAAUGGUUGAAAUAAUGCAGGAUUUCGGAGAAGUGGUGCUUGUUCUGGGAUCGUCAUUAAGUUAUUUCAAUAGUAGUAUAUUUAGUCAGAGCAAUUGUUCAAUCUGUAUUGAACCUCUGCAUCCUGCUUUAUGCAGCAACGAAAAUCUAAGGUGCGUUGAUCAUACAAAAAAAUCAUCAACUCUCGCUACUUUGAUUAUGGGGCUUUGUUGUGAUGUCGUGGUAUUUCCAAAUCAGACUCUUGAUCUUAUUGCAUUGAUCUCAUUUUGCCGGCAUCAGUUAGCACUGUUUCGUUCUUCUUUACUUUUCUUUCUGUAUUCAAUAAUUAUGAUUCUGAUGCAACAAAUCUCUUCAAUAUUAUUUCUUCCAAAUGUGUUAUCCAUUUUUCAGAUCUUCUUAUUUAUAAUUAUAUAUGUGCCACUGUUAGCUUGGUCACUAAUGACAUCGCCAUAUAAAGAUGGUGAAAAUCGAGAUGAAAUAGCACCAAAAAAUAUUCCUGCGCCUCCAAAGCGUAUGAUACAUCGGGCGGUGAUUUAUUUUUCCGUCAAUUUUCUUCCAGCUCAUCUAGUCGUGUUCUUCAUUUAUUACAACACGGUGACGGAUGCUAAAAAGAAAUACCUCUAUCAGGAAUCAGUAAACGGUUCAUUUUGUGCAGACAAUUAUGUUGUUAUUGUUGGACAGCAUGUAGCUUCCUUUCAUUUGCUUCUGUACUUGUGUAUUUUGUCGGCGAGUUUCGUUUAUUUUCGGCAUAAUAUUUGGAAGAGAUAUCCUCUACGUAAUUAUUAUUGGCUUUGUAGUGUAUGUUGCGUUAUCUUUACUCAGAUUGCUUACACGAGCAUCUCUCUUGGCUCACCGUUAAUUAUUUUUGAUGGCAGGAUAUGGAUAACAGUAAUGUCAUUUCUUUUCAUGAUUAUCCUUGUUAUUAUUAGUGAACUCUGCAAGCUUCGCUUCAUUAAACUUCAUCGCCGAGAUCAGCGAAGAAGGAAACUUAGCUUUAACACAAAAUUGGGAAUGAAUUCACCCUACUAA